UUUCAGAUCUUAAAUCAUUAACAUAAUGAUGAAAGGAAAAGAAAAUAAUCUACAGAGUAACCGAAACCAAUUGAAACCAGAUGAAUCAAAACUCUCAAAAAAGUCUAACGAACUUAUGCCUCCGCCAAAAUUACCAAUGUCAAAGAAUUUAGAAACAGGAAAUGUACAAAAAUCAGAAAAUUGUAACGAGACAAAAGAAACUAUUAAACCGUCCGAAACUCAAACAGAAAAUAAAAAUAAUAAAAAAAAACAAUGGGCCAUAACAGACUUUGAUAUUGGUCGACCAUUGGGUAAAGGAAAGUUUGGAAAUGUAUAUUUGGCAAGAGAAAAAAGAUCAAAAUUUAUUAUAGCAAUGAAAGUAUUAUUUAAGGAUCAAAUUAUUAAAGCAGAUAUUGAACAUCAAGUGCGAAGAGAAAUUGAAAUACAAACUCACUUAAGACAUCCAAAUAUAUUAAGAAUGUAUGGAUACUUUCAUGAUGACACAAGGGUUUAUUUAAUCUUAGAAUAUGCUCCAAAAGGUGAAUUAUUCAAAGCAUUAAAUGCUCAACCAAACAAACGUUUUGAAGAAAUAAGAGCAGCGACAUAUAUCUCUCAGUUAGCUGAUGCAUUAAAGUAUUGUCAUGCUAGAAAAGUAAUUCAUAGAGACAUAAAACCAGAAAAUUUACUUCUUGGCGUGAAUGGCGAAUUAAAAAUGGCUGAUUUUGGUUGGUCAGUUCAUGCACCUUCCUCGCGUAGAGAAACACUAUGUGGAACUCUAGAUUAUUUACCACCCGAAAUGGUUAAUGGUCAUACACAUGAUCAUACUGUUGAUUUAUGGGGGGUUGGUGUGUUAACUUAUGAAUUUCUUGUUGGACAACCACCAUUUUUGGCUAAGACUUAUGACGAAACUUAUAAUAAGAUUAGGAAAGCAAACUAUAGGUGUCCUGAUUAUCUUAGCGAUGGAGCGAAGGAUCUUAUUUCUAAGUUAAUUAUUGUUAAACCAGAGUAUAGAAUGAGCUUAGAUGGUAUAUUACAUCAUACUUGGAUUGUUAAAAAUCGCACAACAGAACCAACGCAAGAUGGUGUAAAAAGAACUUGAAUGAUGUUGAAAAAUUUUGAAUAAUUUCAAGUCAUAUUAAUAGAAUAAGAUUAGUGUAUUUAAUCAAUGAAAAGUUCUGAAAGUACAAG